AUGUCCAAUAUCAUGUACAACAAGACCAACCAUGCCAAAUACGUCCACGAGUACUACAAUAAACUGAGCAAAGAACCGGACAGAUUAAUCGACAACUACAGCAACGAGUCGACCUUCCUGCACGGAAAUGUAUACGAUGGCCAGAUGAACGCAGUGAUCGGUCGAGAAAACGUCCAGAGACGCCUGGCCGAGCUCGACUACCGGGGCUGCGAGGUGAACAUACACAUGCUCGAUAUGCAGCAGCUCGACGAUCAGUGGUGCAUGGUCGGCAGGGUGUUCGGCGACAUCGUCAAAGCGAACGCGUCCAAGAGCAAUUUUUCGCAUUCGUUAAUGUUCCGGCUGAGCGUGGACAACGAGUUCAUCAUCAUUAAUGACUUAAUGAUCAGCUAUUACUUCACGCAGCAGAACGACGCCACCGUCAAGCAGUUGACGGCGGCCACGGACGACCGGUGGACCGUUGAGCGAUGGCUGCGCAGUGGCGACGAGGGUCCCUCUGAGGGUGGUGGCGGAGGCGGCAAUGGCAGCAAGGCGGGCGUGAAAUCGCCAUCGGCGUUGCGUAUCUUCGGCGACUCGUGUCCGCCAAUCAGCCACCAGCUGUACAUAUCCAACAUACCGUCUGGCACCAAGUACAACGAGCUGAAAAAGUUCUUCGAGCAACACGGCCCGCUGUACAGUUUGCGCAUCAUGAAGAUCAACAAGAAUUUCGGGUUCAUCACUUACGCGGACGAAAGCUCGGCCAAGGAGGUACUCAACAACCGGCCCAUAUCGUUUUCGGCCGAGGACGGUGUGUGGCUGACGGUCAAAGAAAAAAGAUCCCGGUCGGACAACUACAAAAAACUCAAGAUCAACCUGCCCGAGAGUCAUCAGCUGUUCAUCGGCGAUAUACCGGACAACGUAACCGUCGAAGACCUGCGCGCAUUUUUCGGCACAUACGGCACGAUCGUGUGCGCUCGCAUAUUACGCUACUCCAAGGCAGACGUGCCGCAGAGCACGCACGGGUUCGUCACAUUCCAUACCCGGGAAUCGGCUAAUCGAGUAUUGAACAUGACGCCGAUCUGGUAUCCCGACACCGAUGGCGUCCUGCUGUCCGUCAUGGAAAAGCGCAUAGUGCCAAAGGCGGCCGCCGUCACCUGCAACAAGCAUCCAAGGAGCCAACCGGGUGGUGAUCACGUCGACCACGACGACAUUACCGGAGACGUUUAA